CUGGCGCGCUACCUCGCGGCGCUGCCGCCGAACGUCCUGACGCCGGGCGCGUUCCGGGAGGCGCUCCGGCGCGUCGCCGAGGCCGAGGGCUUCGCCUACGACGAGCUCGACGUCGACGGCCUCGAGGCCGCGGGCUGCGGCGCGUUCCUGUCCGUCGUCCGGGGCAGCCCGCGGCGCGACGCGGCGCUCGUGCGCCUGUCCAAAGGACCGGCGUCGGCGAGGCCCCUGGUCCUCGUGGGCAAGGGCGUGACCUUCGACACGGGCGGCUACAACGUGAAAGGCGCGUCGGGCAUGAAGGGCAUGAAGGGCGACAUGGCCGGCGCCGCCGCGGCCGUCGGCGCGGCCGUCGCGCUGUCGCGCCUCGGGGUGGGGGGCGAGGCGUCGCCCCUGCCGCUCGAGGUCUGGCUCUGCGUCGCGGACAACCUCAUCUCGCCGGACGCGUUCUACCCCGACGAGGUCGUCACGGCCUGCGACGGCACGACGGUCGAAAUCGUCCACACGGACGCCGAGGGACGCAUGGUCCUCGCCGACGCGCUCGCGCUCGCGUCGCGCAAGGUCGAGGGAGAGUUCGCCGGCGCGACGAAGCCCGCGCUCCUCGUCGACCUGGCCACGCUCACGGGCUCUGCCAUCGGCGCGGUGUCCAAAAACUACGGCGCCGCGUUCACGAACGACGCGACGCCGGCGACGAACGCGGCCUUGGUCGCCGCGGGCGCGGCCUCGGGCGAGCGGCUCUGGCCCAUGCCGCCGCUCGACGCGCACUUCCGCCGCGAGCUCGAGUCCGACGUCGCGGACACGCUCCAGUGCCUCGAGAGCGGCCAGGCGGACCACAUCUACGCCGCGUCGUUCCUCGAGCGCUUCGUCGCGGACGACGUGCCCUGGAUCCACCUCGACCUCGCCGCGGCGUCGACGUCCAAGGGCCUCGCGCACGUGCGCACGGGGCCCGCGACGGGCUUCGGCGUG